AUGGCUACUAGUUCUAGUGAUGAUGGGUUUGAGAUUAUCGACGGCAAGCAGAUUCCUUUUCGGCCUGCUAGCGCUAGCACGGUCACUAUGGAAGAGAAUCUGACGCAAGAGCCGAUACUGAGCAUACACUCCAUUCCCAACAAGGAUUCUAUGAUCGUCUCCAUCCAGCCUCCUCUCAAGCCAGAGAACGAUGUCCCACAUGUUCCUUGCGACAUCGUUCUUGUGAUUGACAUUUCUGGGAGUAUGAAUUCCGCAGCUCCUAUACCAACUGGUGAGAGAGGCGGCGAGGACACUGGUCUGAGCAUCUUGGACUUGACGAAGCAUGCCGCCAAGACAAUCAUCGAAACACUCAAUGAAAAGGACAGGCUUGCAGUGGUUACUUUUUGCACGGAGGUUAAUGUAAGGACAAUAGAAUCUUCUCCAGUUGCUUUUGAGCUUGAUUACAUGAAUAAAGAGAAUAAAUCAACUGUGUUAAGCGCCAUUGACAAGCUGUACGGCAAGAGCUCAACCAACUUAUGGCAUGGGAUAAAAAAAGGCCUCAACGUCCUCACCACGAAUCCUGCCCAAGGGAAGAUACAGUCACUUCUUGUCUUGACGGAUGGAACCUUACCACAGAUCCAUACAUUCGGCUUUGGGUACUACCUCCGCUCAUCACUGUUACAGUCCAUUGCUGAAAUCGGCGGUGGGAUCUUCGCUUUUAUUCCGGAUGCUGGUAUGAUUGGAACUGUGUUUGUCCAUGCUGUUGCAAAUUUAUAUUCAGCAUUCACAGCACAGGCAAAACUUAUUCUUCAGGAGGAUCCUUCGUCAGAGCUAAGUGUGGAUUUAGGAAGCAGACCUGGCUUGGAACUAGAGACGCCAGCUGGCAAUGGAAUAUCACUGAGGCUAGGAAGCCUUCAAUAUGGCCAGUCACGGGAUAUUAUUAUCCGUUACAGUAAAGCAUCGAAGAACCGCACAGUUAAUAUACGAGGCAAACUUGUUUAUGCCGUUGAUGGUGAGACUAAGGAGGUCCAGGUGCAUAAGGUGGUCAACAUCGAUGAGAUCUCAGUACCUCAGGCUGUGAGCGACUACCAUUACAUGCGCUCAAGGCUUUGUACACUUCUAAGGACUUUCCACCCACUUGAGGAUACCGCGGAGAACUUCAGUUUCUCCUUGAGGGGCGUCGAAGAAAUGCGAACGAAGCUAGAAAGCCUGGCUACUGAAAUCAAAGAUCUCGGUCACACUGAUGAUUACAACCGGAGCAUUAUUGAGGAUAUCGCUGGUGAAUCACCACAUGGACAAAUAGGCAUGGCAUUGUCAUCCCCAGAGUUCUAUCACCGUUGGGGUGGGCACUACCACCCAGGCCCAUUGAUGUACGGCAAGGCUUCUCCCCUGUUCUGUAACUGUCGGACCGAGCUGGACGGAGUGUUUGACAACUUACCACCUCCUAAGCCAUCACGGCCGUCAUCCUCGGGAGCACCCCACCGUCCAGUACGUAUGUCUCAAUAUAACAGAUCCAGCGGGCCGUGCUUUACAGGAAACUGCCAUGUCCGAAUCUCCAGCAAGGAAAGUGAGCUUAUCAACGCUACUAUUUCUCUCGAGAAUCUUCGUCCCGGUAUGUCAGUAUGGACUCCACACGGACCGCGGGAAGUUAGGGCUGUCCUGCAGACUAGCGUGAAUCACAUCGACAUCUGCAAAAUCGGCACACUCCAGAUCACUCCAUGGCAUCCAAUGCGAAUUCAAAAUGAAUGGGAGUUCCCUCUCAAUAUGACCAAAGAAGGUCUUCAAUCCUUUUCAGGAGACAUCUAUUCAGUGUUACUUGAGCCUGAUUCUAACCCUGAGGCGCAUGCCAUUAUGGUAGAGAACCACAUCUGUGUCACUCUGGGUCAUGGAAUUUUGACUGGAAAAGAUAUACGUGCCCAUGAGUUAUUUGGUGACUACCAGUUGGUUUCAAGGAAGCUAGAAUCGCUUCCAAAACUUCCGAAUGGGCUGCUACACAGCAUCGGAGUCGAACGGUCGCCUGAGUCAGGUCGCAUAUGUGGAUUCAUCGGACGGAACCGCCUUCUCAAAGCCCUUAAUGUACCCUGCAAAAUUGAGGGAGAUCACCAAUGUGGUGGAACCUAUGUUAAGGUUACUGUUUGA